GGGCUUUGGUCUCGCACAGAUCUUCAAACAAAUGCGGUGGUGCUGUUGGAUUGGUAGCAGAGGAGGAAACUGAAGCACUCGCUCCAUGCUUCGGUGGCAUUAGCAUUGCGCUUGGCACCUAAAUCUUUCAUGCUUAUGCAACACACUCUGCUUGCGUGCGCGUGCUAAAUUUGCAACAAGCAGAGCAAGUAAAACAAGAGCAGGCAAAAGUGAAUGUUUCUGAGUUACUUGUUCGUCUCGUAUAGUCUGAACUCUGAAGCAAUCUCUUCUCCAACCUCGCUUUACCAAAAAAGAACAAGAAUUAAAAUACAGCUGAUACUGGUGUGGGUAGUGAAGAUCUGGGAAUCUUAGAGGACCAAAUUAGAUCUCUCGAAUGUCUCAAAUAGAGAGCAGCUGUUACUGUCGCAAUUGCAAUUAUUAGGUUUUUCGAUUCCUGUACUGCUUGCCGAUGACUACCAAACGCGCCUACAAGCUACAGGAAUUUGUAGCACAUGCUUCUUCUGUCAAUUGCCUCAAAAUUGGGAGGAAAUCAUCCAGGGUUCUUGUCACUGGAGGUGAAGAUCACAAGGUUAAUCUUUGGGCUAUUGGUAAACCUAAUGCUAUACUGAGUUUGUCAGGACAUUCGAGUGGAAUAGAUUCUGUAAGCUUUGAUUCCUCUGAAGUGUUGGUAGCUGCUGGAGCUGCAAGUGGUACUAUCAAACUUUGGGACUUAGAGGAGGCAAAGAUUGUUCGUACUCUUACUGGUCAUAGGUCCAACUGUACAUCGGUGGACUUCCAUCCUUUUGGAGAGUUCUUUGCAUCUGGUUCUCUAGACACAAAUCUUAAGAUAUGGGACAUAAGAAAGAAGGGUUGUAUCCAUACUUACAAGGGCCACACUCGAGGGGUAAAUGCAAUUAGGUUUACCCCAGAUGGACGCUGGGUUGUUUCAGGUGGAGAGGACAAUACUGUGAAGUUGUGGGAUCUGACUGCAGGAAAGCUCUUGCAUGAUUUUAAGGGUCAUGAGGGCCAGAUCCAGUGUAUAGAUUUUCAUCCCAGUGAAUUUCUACUAGCAACAGGCUCUGCAGAUAGGACUGUUAAAUUUUGGGACCUUGAAACCUUUGAGCUCAUUGGUUCAGCUGGUCCUGAGACAACUGGAGUGCGUUCUCUUACUUUCAGUCCUGAUGGGAGGACCCUGCUUUGUGGUUUACAUGAGAGUUUGAAGGUUUUCUCUUGGGAACCCAUAAGAUGCUAUGAUAUGGUGGAUGUGGGUUGGUCUAGAUUGUCCGAUCUUAAUGUUCAUGAAGGAAAACUUCUUGGCUGCUCAUACAAUCAAAGUUGUGUUGGAGUCUGGGUUGUAGACAUCUCGCGUAUAGAACCAUAUGCUCUUAAUAAUGUGAAUCCACUGAAUGGUCAUUCAGAAACUAAAUCUUCAAGUGGAAAUAUGACUGUGCUGAAUGAGAUCACAGCUAAGGCUAGGCUAUCUGUUUCCCAAAAUCCAGAUCCCUUACUGAAAGAAACAAGUUCUCUUGGGAGGUUGUCAGUUUCUCAAGAUUCAGACCCCUUGAAGGAGGGCAAAUAUUUGGCGUCCACAGGAAGUGCACCAAGUACUCCUCAAAGGAUCAAUUUGAACUCUGGUCCCAAAACAGUAUCUGGUGGUUCAACAGCAGUGCUUAAUGCAACAGCUCAGAAAAGGAGUUCUUUGAAAUCUCAUGCAACAUCCAAUAUUCCUCCUAUCAAUAAAUCAGAAAUUAUACCUGUAAUCGUCCCCAGAACUAGCAUGAGGUCAGAGCCUGUAGCUGAUUCUAGAAAAGAAGUUGGUGCUGCUGGAAGAAUAAUGCCAUUCUCUUUGCAGUCAAAGGCAGCAGAUAUACGUAAAUUUGCGAACAACAGAGAUGAUGUGGAUAAGCCACCUUUCUCUCCUGUGACUGAAUCUGCGGCUUCUAAGGGUAGUGAAUUAAGUGGUUUUGCAGAUAAAAAUAAUUUCCCUGCUUCUGUGAGCUCAACUCAAGAUGAAGCCUGGGGCCAGAAAGUGAACAGAGAUGUAUGUUCUGUCGAUGUACAGAAAGGAGGAAGAAUGCGCCCACUUCUCAAUUUGGAAAAGAGGGAACGGUCUCUUAUUUAUGAGGGACCUAGACAAGGAAUUUCUCAUGGAAGGAUAUCAUCAGUUCAUGUGCUUCCGUUCAGUGGGAGAGCACAUUCCAUAUCCACUGAGAAGGCCACUAUAUCUGCUAGCGAUGAAGAUUCUAUUGCUGAUAUGAUGGAACAACAUGAUCAAUUUCUCAGUUCAAUGCAGGCUCGUUCAGCCAAGUUACAGGUGGUCUUCAGAUGUUGGGAAAGAAAUGGUGUUAAAGAGGUCAUCGGUACAAUGGCGAAGAUGGAUGAUCAUGCUGUGAUUGCUGAUGUUGUUAGCAUUAUAAUGGAAAAAAUUGAUAUCGUCACACUUGAAAUAUUCUCUGGUCUUCUUCCACUUCUAACUGACCUUCUACAAAGUGAAAUGGAUAGAUAUCUAGGAACAUCCUUGGAAAUGCUAUUGAAACUGGUCAGAAUAUUUGGUUCAGUAAUCUAUUCAACCCUAUCAGCUACACCUUCCGUUGGUGUUGAUAUUGAGGCAGAGAAAAGGCUAGAACGUUGCAACCUCUGCUUUAUAGAGCUUGAAAAAGUCAAACGUCUUUUACCUUCUCUUAUGAGAAGAGGAGGAUCAAUUGCAAAAUCUGCGCACGAGUUGAAUCUGGCUCUUCAGGAUGUAUCAUGAUUCUGAGUCGAUUCAAUUAUUUCUGCUGCUCAAUUUAUGCCGGUGCUUAUAGGGGUUUUAUGCAUUUUAAAGAUUUAAACCUCUACACAAAGUCACCGAAUAGUUUGAUGCGUUGUCUUUUGGCAUUAAAUGAAGCUCUGUCCUGUAUGUACAUUUAUUGCUGUUAACAUUCAUGAUAAUUGACAAGUGGAGGAGGCGCUGAUACCUGCUAAUUCUGCGACAUAUACUCGAAGCCAAAUCUUACGAGACGUCUCCCUCUGCUGAUGCUUGCACAGUUUCUGACUAUAACCUACGUCAUCUGCUUAAUAUGUGAAGAUCUCACUCCGUUCGACAGCUAACCUAGUAUGUGGGACAAGAUACUGCUACCGAUCUAAUUUUAUCUGAAAAUUUAUGAUUAAUGUUAUGGUGUUUUAAUUGCCGUUAUACAUCGUGUGAGUGGUGCCGUUAAUAUUUCUCUUUGUUGCAUAUUCCUGUAUGAUUUUCUUUCAAUACUU